AUGGCCUGCUACGACCUCUGCCGCCCCUGCGGACCCACCCCGCUGGCUAACAGCUGCAACGAGCCCUGUGUCCAGCAGUGCCAGGACUCCCGCGUCGUCAUCCAGCCUUCUACCGUGGUGGUCACCCUGCCAGGACCCAUCCUCAGCUCCUUCCCCCAGAACACCGCCGUCGGAUCCUCCUCAUCGGCUGCCGUGGGCAACGUCCUCAGCUCCCAGGGAGUGCCCAUCUCUGGUGGCUUCGGAGGCCUGGGCGGCUACGGCUUCGGAGGCCUGGGCUGCUUCGGCGGCAGAAGAGGCUGCUACCCCUGCUAA